AUGGCAGUUGGCACUCCUUUGUCUUUUCGCAGAUAUGACAUCUGCCCGGGUUUCAGUGCUGCCAUCAGUGCCUGCGAGAAAAGUGGUCGUUGGGAAGAGGCUUUGGUGUUGCUGUCAGAGGCACAGUCUGCAGAGGUUGUGCCGGACGUCGUUUGUUUUAGCGCCGCAAUUAGUGCAGCUGAGAAGGGUGGCCAAUGGCAACAGGCAUUGCAGCUUUUGUCCAACAUGCUCCAAGCAAGAACUGCAUCGAAUGUCAUCGCUGUUAGUGCUGCCAUUAGUGCGUGUGAAAAGGGAGGCCAAUGGCAGAUGGCUCUCCAGCUGCUCACAGGCAUGUCUACCCUGGAAUUGCAGGCAAACGAGGUCAGUUUCAGUGCUGGUAUCAGUGCCUGUGAAAAGGCUGGGCGAUGGCAGAUGGCACUUGCACUCUUGUCGCGAAUGGCAGUCGUCGACCUAACGCCAAACAAGAUCAGUUUCAGUGCAGCGGUUAGUGCCUGCGAAAAAGCAGGCGAGUGGCAACAGGCCUUGCACCUGCUCUCCAAAAUGUCCUCAUCCUCCGUGUUACCCGAUAGAAUCAGCAUUAACGCAGGAAUCAGUGCAUGUGAGAAGGGUAGUCGCUGGGAGAUGGCUUUGCAGCUGCUCUGGUCGAUGGCUACGGAGAGCCUGCUCCCGAACACAGUCAGCUUCAGCGCUGCCAUCAGCGCCUGUGAGAAGUCCGGCGACUGGCAGACUGCCCUGCUGUUGUUAACACAGAUGUCAUCAAAGCAGGUGAGGCCGAAUGAAGUAAGCUUCAGUGCUGGCAUCAGUGCAUGUGAAAAAGGUGAUCAGUGGCAGAUGGCUUUAACGAUCUUGUCGGAAAUGGCCACAUCCGGAACAUCCCCUAACGUCUUCUGCUUCAAUGCUUGCAUCAGUGCUUCUGAGCGAGGCGGUCUGUGGCAGCUAGCUCUGCUGCUCCUGGCACAGAUGUUUACUUCUGGCGUAGUACCAGAUCAAAUCAUCCUCGACACUCUGCUCGCUGCCCGUGACAAAGGGGCACAGUGGGAGAUGGCCUUUCUCUUGUUUGGGGCUUUGGCCCCCGCUUCCGUGUCCCCGACACGUCUGCAGCUGAGUGCCUUGGGUGGCGCCGGUGAGAAGCGGGGCGCGGCUGUCCCGGCGCUGCCGGCGAUGUGGGCUCGCAUGAAAGGUCCCUCUUCCCGAGGAGCUCGUGCUUACACGUAG